CUGACAAAGACAACAUUUACAAAGACAACAAAGAUGAUGCUCUCUCCGUUCCGCUCGUGGCUCUGGGACGACUGGCCGGUCUUUGAACACGUCGGCUCUGUGCGGUCGCCGCACUCGCGUGCGGUGACGACGUCGACGCCGCACUCGCGGCUCUCGUUUAAUGUAAGCGAGAAGGAUACAGCAUACGAGGUUGUGGCGCAUCUGCCUGUUCCGCGUGACAAGGUCAAGCUCUCGAUCAAGGACGGCAACGUGACGAUUUCGGGCUCGGACGAACACUCGUCGACCAAGGAGGUCGACGGCUUCACCUGCUCGCAGUCAUCGUUCUCGUCGUUCUCGCGCUCGUUCCCUCUUCCGACCGGAGUCAACCCCGAGACGGUGACCGCCACUCGUGCGCCCGACAACUCGAUCAAGCUCGUCAUUCCCAAGCCCGAGCCGACUGACGGUGGCAAGGGCAAGGACGAAGAGGAGCCGAUGCAGAUUGAGAUGAUGGAGUAGUUACUUUUGCCGCCGCAGUAAAGCCAGCUGUGUCGCC